AUGAAAUUGACUGCUGCUUUAGCCCUCUCUAUACUAGCUGAGACCGUAUACGGCGUUGCUGAUCAUUUAUGGUAUCAUACAGAUCUUUCGAAUGUCACUGACUGGUACAACGAAGUGAAUGUCGUUCCUGGUGCCGAGCCAAUAAGCACCUACUUUAUGACCAAUGGAUUUACAGGAGGCUACUUCGGCAUUCAGCACAAUACAGAAGGAAAAACUGGCAAGACUGUUCUCUUUUCCGUUUGGGAUGCUGAUGAUGGUACCAAAACAACCCAACAGUAUUGCGGUAACCUUUCACGCUGCUCUACCUUCGGAGGAGAAGGAACUGGACUGCAUGCAAACUAUGACUUCCAGUGGACUGCUGGGGUGACCUAUGCUGCUCUUGUUCAUGCUAAACCUCUCAACAAUGGAUACACCGAGAUCUCUGGCUAUUUCCAACAUGAGAACAAGAAUUGGUAUCACUUGGCCACCUAUCGCCGUAAAACCGAGUCUCCAUAUCUUACUGGUCUGUACUCAUUUGUGGAGAAUCCCAGUUCCUACCUAAUCAAUGAAACUAGAAGAGCUAACUAUGGAAAUCAAUGGGCCAGAAGCUCUGCAAAUAAGGCACAGGAACUAACAGUUGCCGACCUAACGCACACCUCUUUGGUCGACAGUGAUCGAUAUGGCAGUGGUGCUAAAGGCACAUCAUUCUACUUGUUCAUCAAUGGACCUAAAAACGACAUACCAUCCAAAACUACCAUUACGAGAAAGGCUACUGGCGUUAAACCGGAUUUCGAUAUGAAGGGAAGCAAAGGCAGUAUCAAAUCGACACAAAAAUCUCAAUCGAAGAGAAAGACCACCACCUCAAAGCAUAAGAGCGGGAAUAAUCGAAGUGUUCACAAGAAGUCCAAGACAACCACCACCAAGCACAAGAAUCAGAGUACAAGAAAAUCUACAAGAAAAUCCACUCGCAAAACGAAAGAAUAG